CACCCACCUCGUGUGCCACAUCGCCGGUAGCCUUCAUAGGUGGCGCUUCUGCUGCCACAGUGGUCGCUGCUCACAAGGCACUUUGCCCCACCGCCCCUCCAAAAAAACGCAAAUUCUGCCCAAGGCUACACGGGGGACCUUUGCCUUUGUAUGGGCUCUGGCGUCACCACCGCACCCAAGCAGAUUCCUCCUCCUCCGUAGAGAGAGAGCGAGAGAAAAGGGAGAGCGAGAGAAACAGAGAGAGAGAGAGAGACACACAGAUUUAGAAACUUUUUUAAAACGUGCACAGAGACAGAGAGAGACACACACACAAAUUUGGAAACUUUUGUAAACGUUCACAUAAAGAGAGAGACACACACAGAUUUGGAAACUGCUUUAACGUUCACCGAGAGAGAGAGAAAUAGAGAGGGAGCCACGCGCAGAUUUGGGAACUUUUCUAAACGUUCACAGAGAGAGAGAGAGCGAGAGAGAGAGAGGCAGAGAGAGAGAGAUUUAGAAACUUCUUUAAAAGUUCACACAGAGCGAGCGAGCGAGACCACACAGCUCCGCACGGCUUACAGGAGUCACUUCAAAUCCACUUUGACCUCGUCACGGGACUUCAAGAGCGUCUGAAGGAGGUGGUGGGAGGACGAGGUGAGAGGACGAGGUGGGAGGACGAGAUCUCGGCAGUCGUCACAGCGACAGCGACAGCAGCAGCAGCAGCAGCAGCAAAGCCACGGACGGGUGAAGCGUUCCCCUCAAGUCCUAAAAGCCUGAAGAUGACCCCGUAGCUGGGACACGGAGCUGUGCUUAGAGCCGGAGCGUCUGUCUGUGCGUGCGUGCGUGUGUGUGCGUGCGUGCGUGCACGUGCGUGUGUGUGUGUGCGCGUCUUAUACUCCCAGACUCUUGGGUGCACUGACGAGGGGGAGAUGGAGGAGGCUCCGUAGGCCAAACUCGACACCCACACCCACCCCCAUCGUGGACAAUGUCCCCGUAGGGUUUGGGAACCCCCCACAGCGCCGAUAACGAUCACCGCCGCCGCCGUCGUGGUGGGAAGGGAUACGAACAACGCCACAUUACGGUUUUGUUUUAAUAACAAUUUUUAUUUUUAAUCGUAACACAUCCCCAUGAGCCGCAGAGGGUGCGGCUCCUAGGGGAGCGCAAAUCAUCUCAGGGGGCCUUGACCCUCAGGACGAGCGACGACUCCGCUCCCGGUUGUUCGACCGGCCGGCGUCUGCCUGCGAGGUCUGAACCUUGGGCGGGGUCGCCGGCAGACAGAGAGGCCGGCGGGGUAGGAAAAGGCCGGAUCGUAAUCAACGCACGGUAAACCCCGCGUCAUCGCCCCGCCCCCACCCACCCCCCUAGCGGGGCAGCUGAGGGCCCGAAUCUUCGAUCGCGUGUCGAGACAUCGGGGUCGAGGUCCGACGAGCCGCGCGCCUCCCGGACACAGCGGGGUAAAGCGAAAUCCUCGCGAUCGUGGCCCGAUGCUGUUAACAUGAUGGACCCUGAGACAGGAGGCCGGGGAGCCUUCCCGUGAAUUAAAUCAUUCCCAUCGUCAAGAACAUUCCACCAUUUCUGGAGCAAUGAGCUACAACGCUCGCGUGUAUAUAUAGAGAGAAGAUAAGCGGUCACCUAGGACUGACCAAACCAAAAAAACCCCUUCGAUCUUAGAGAAACCGUUCAGAACUUUCCAAACCAAAACCCCCUUCGAUCUUAGAGGAAAUCUUGGAGAACUGACCAAACCAAAACCCCCUUCGAUCUUAGAGGAAAUCUUGGAGAAGUGACCAAACCAAAACCCCCUUCGAUCUUAGAGGAAAUCUUGGAGAAGUGACCAAACCAAACCCCCUCCGAUCUUAGAAGAAACCGUUCAGAACUUACCAAACCAAAACCCCCUUCGAUCUUAGAGGAAAUCUUGGAGAACUGACCAAACCAAAACCCCCUUCGAUCUUAGAGUAAAUCUUGGAGAACUGACCAAACCAAAACCCCCUUCGAUCUUAGAGGAAAUCUUGGAGAAGUGACCAAACCAAAACCCCCUUCGAUCUUAGAGGAAAUCUUGGAGAACUGACCAAACCAAAACCCCCUCCGAUCUUAGAGAAACCGUUCAGAACUUUCCAAACCAAAACCCCCUUCGAUCUUAGAGGAAAUCUUGGAGAAGUGACCAAACCAAAACCCCCUCCGUCUUAGAAGAAACCUCUUCGCCCGCAAACAUGAAUUGGGGCGGCCUGCAGUCGGUGCUGAACGACGUGAACAAGAACUCGACGGCCAUCGGGCGCGUCUGGCUGUCGGUGCUCUUCAUCUUCCGGCUGCUCGUCCUCGUGGUGGCGGCCGAGAAGGUGUGGUCCGACGAGAACAAGGACUUCGACUGCAACACGCGGCAGCCGGGCUGCAAGAGCGUCUGCUACGACCGCUUCUUCCCCAUCUCGCACAUCCGCUUCUGGUCGCUGCAGCUCAUCGUGGUGACCACCCCGACGCUGCUCGUAGCCAUGCACGUGGGCAGCCGCAAGAUGCGCUCGAGGCACCACCACUUCCCCGAGGGAUUCGAGAACAAGAUCCAGGGCGGCCUGCUCUGGACCUACACCAUCAGCGUGCUCUUUCGGAUCAUCUUCGAGACGGGCAGCCUGUACAUCUUCUACAUCCUCUACGGGGGCUACUCGCUUCCGCGCCUCGUCAAAUGCACCGAGGAACCGUGUCCCAACAUCGUCGACUGCUUCGUGUCGCGCCCCAGCGAGAAGACGGUCUUCGUGGUCUUCAUGCUCACCGUGUCGGCCAUCUGUCUCCUCCUCAACGUCAUCGAGUUCUUCUACCUCGCCAUAAAGUACUUCUGCGUGCGCAAGCGUUACCGCAGGACCGUCACGGAGCCACGCGCCUCCAUGGUCGGCGGCAGUUCCGGCAACCCGGCCGGCGUCAAGUCGACGCGGGUCAAGGGUCCCGCCCGGAACGUCGCGGAUGUCCACGCCGAGGGCAGCGGGGACGACAGCGCCUCGAGUCGCGAGCACAGCAAGGAGAAUCGCGCCAACCUGAAGCGGGAGGCACCGUCCAAGCCGAAUGGCAUCCUCAAGAAAUGAGAACCCUG